CUGGCACCUGCAAGUGCUACAUCUAGGAAGAUUGCUAGGUCGAAGAUGCAACCCCAUCGAUCGGCACUUCUGUCCUCGUCGGAGAAUCCGCCGCCGUCGGCAAACUCAAGACCGUCGGCGGUCCAUCUCCUCACCGAAUGUACAACAGUGUCAUAGUGCAGAACCAUGAAAAGCAGGUUGACAUAGGAAUGUACUGAUUAGG